CGCGGUGCUGUGACGUGAAGGACCUCCCUCUCGGACUCAGCAGCAGUAAUGGCGGACUACGACAGCUACGAGGAGCGGGACCGGGCCUACGGCAGCUUCGGCGGCGGCAGAGGGCCCCGUGGCGGCGGCGGCCCCGGAGGCCCCAGGAAGCAGAAGGAGCUGCCGUCAGAGCCUCCGUUCACAGCGUACGUUGGAAACCUGCCGUUCAACACGGUCCAGGGAGACAUCGACAUCAUCUUCAAAGAGCUCAACAUCCGCAGCGUCCGAUUGGUCCGAGACAAAGAGACAGACAAGUUCAAAGGUUUCUGUUACGUGGAGUUUGAGGACCUAGAGUCGUUAAAAGAAGCGUUGGCGUACGAUGGCGCAUUGCUAGGUGAAAGGUCACUGAGGGUGGACAUCGCAGAGGGACGAAGGCAAGAGCGAGGAGGAGGAGGAGGAGGCGGCGGCGGCUUCGGAUUCAGGAAAGACGACGGACGAGGAGGUGGUCGAGGAGCUCCCCGAGGAGGAGGAGGACGCGACUUCCGCGACGACUUCGACCAGCAAGGAGGAGGAGGAGGAGGAGGAGGAUUCAGGGAUGAUGACUUCAUGGGGGGGCGGAGUCGAGGUGGCGGCGGCAGUCGCCCUAGUGACAGACGGGGGGGCAGCAGCGCAGGCGGCAGUGCCGGUGGAGGAGCAGGAGGAGGAGGAAUGUCUCGCUUCAGAGACGGGCCACCACGAGGAGGAGCGACAGACUUCAGAGAACCAUCGGACGAGGAGCGUGCACAGCGGCCCCGCCUGCAGCUGAAGCCUCGGACCGUCUCUGAGCCGCUGAACCAGGUCGCCAACCCAAACUCUGCCAUAUUUGGCGGCGCCAAGCCACGAGAGGAGGUGAUUUCCAGAGAAAAAGACUGA